GGCAGACGGCCGCCCUCCCCGCCGCACGGCACACAGCAGCAGCGCCGCCGUCCUCCUCCCGCCUCCUCGCCGGUCGCCUCUCUCAUCUCCGCACUCUCCGAUCUCCCCUAGCGCCCCGGAAGCCUCAUCUCCUCCUCCCGCGCCCUCCCACCUUCGCUAGGCACCUCGGCGAAAACCCUACUAAUCUUCCCGAAUCGACACCGAGCCCCGGUACGACUCCGAUGGCAUCGUUCCCGCCGCCGCCGCCGCCUCCGCACGUUCGUCCCGCGCCCGCUACUCCAUCACUAGCGCCGCCGCCGCCGCCGCAGCAGCAGCAGCAGCAGCCGCCUGGAUCUGCUCCGCCGGCAGCGACGCUCCUGGUGCGGCACCUUCCAGAGGCCAUCCCGCAGGAGAUGCUCUCCCGCCUCUUCUCCCACUACGGCGCCACAUCCGUCCGCCCCUGCGCCGGUGGAAAGUUGAGGAAUUGCGCAUUCGUAGAUUUUAGGGACGAGGUAGUGGCCAGUCAGGCACAGUCUCUGCUGAACAGGUUGAGGUUCCUUGGGAAAGUGCUGAUAGUCGAGAGAGCGAACCAGCCAAAUUCAAAGAAUGCUAACGAGAAGCAACAGGAGCAUGAAGCACAAGGGGCAUUGCAAGUGCCAAGUAUGAAUUCCUUAAACCAGAAGAAUCCCAUAUCUUCUGCUGAACCAAUUGCGCCUAGGCUUGGGGUGGAUUAUCCAUUUCCUCCGCACCUCGAGUACGCGUAUCCUCCACCAGAUGGAAACAUAUUGACAAAUAUAGUCAAUGCUCUAAUUGCUGUUCCCCGAUUUUACACCCAGGUGUUGCAUUUGAUGAAUAAGAUGAAUCUUCCAGCUCCAUUUCGGAUGGCGUUGCCUACUCCACCUCUACCAUCACAAGUGCCUGCUCCACCACCACCACCACCACCUCCACAGCCGUCUGCAGCAAAUAAACCUCAUUUGACAGAUCUGUCUAGUGAUGAGUCUGAGUUGGAAUCUUCUGAUGAGGAUGUUGAUAAAAGGAAAGUUAAGCGCACAAAGCAUGAAGCUAUUGUUGGUCCUGCAGUUGAUAAAAGUAUUGCUCAUGAAGCAGUCGGGGUGAAACCUGCUGCAUUAGUUUCUAGUGAGCUUCAAGUGAUAAAAAAGAAAAAUCCAGUUCUGCAGAUUAAUAUUGCCCCAAAGGCUGCACAGAAGGAGCUUACUGUUCAAAGUACUACUGACAAAGAAUUGGUGCCAACAGCUGAACAACUUCAAGGAAAACAUUUUGUCACACCUCAGGAUAUAGAAAAAGAGAAAUUGCCGCCAGAGGAGAUUUUGUCCCUUCCUAUGUUCAAGAAUUACACACCAGGGAAUCCUGCCAGUGUGUUAUACAUAAAAAACUUGGCAAAGGAUGUCAUUCAGGAUGACUUCUACUAUGUCUUUGGGUCUGUUUUUGAAAACAUGGACAUUGCACGAUCUAGUCUGAGCAUCAAACUAAUGCAGGAGGGGCGGAUGCGGGGCCAAGCUUUUGUGACAUUUCCAUCGGUUGAACUUGCUCAACGCGCACUGAAUCUUGUACAUGGUUUUGUGUUCAAAGGCAAACCAAUGAUUAUACAGUUUGGCAGAAACCCUGCGGCUAACAAAUCUUCCUAGGAGGGUUGCAUUCUUUCAGAUACUGAAUGCACUUUUAAGUCAAUAGGGACUAGCAAAUGGAGACCAAAACUCUUGAGUAUUUCUUCAGACGUUUGGUGGGGAAUGGCACUGAUUGUUUCAGUCUGACGGACAACAAUGUUUUUCGGCCGUGUUGCACCUGUAAGGGUGUGUUUAGUUGGGGAAAAGGAAAUUUUUGGGUGUCACAUCAGACGUUUGACCGGAUGUCGGAAGGGGUUUUCGGACACAAAUGAAAAAACUAAUUUUAGAACUCGCCUGGAAACCGCGAGACGAAUCUUUUGAGACUAAUUAAGCCGUCAUUAGCACAUGUGGGUUACUGUAGCACUUAAUGGCUAAUCACGGACUAAUUAGGCUUAAAAGAUUCGUCUCGCUAUUUCCCCAUAACUGUGCAAUUAGUUUUUCAUUUUAUCUAUAUUUAAUGCUUCGUGUAUGUGUCUAAAGAUUCGAUGUGAUCUUUUUGGGAAAAAUUUUUGGGGAACUAAACGGGCCCUAAAUGGUAAAAUAUGUGGAAGGAACUGGGCGCAUGUACACUGUACAGAAGAGUGAAGAUUGUAGAUUGUGGGCUGAAGAGCAUCCUCGUUCAAUAUGGUGCAAGAUAAACUUGUACAGAACCUUGUAGCGGUUCUGUUCUGCGGUCUGAAAAUGUUGGGUUUGGAAACAAUUGAGGCCUAUGUAAUGUGGCAUUUAUUUACUGAAUUCGGUGGGAACUGAACUGAUUCAUACAUUAAGAGAUUCCUGCGCGAGGUGUGAACUACUCGAAUUUAUUAAGAGUAGCAAUCUAGUCGAAACUCUUGUUUUAUGCUC